UCAGAGACUGUGACGUAAGCUGUGACCUUUCACCCCAGGAAGCAUGCCGAUAGUUUUGGCAGCUCUGCUGAGCCUAGUGUUAUGGGUGAUCGCUGUGCGUUGCGGUGAUGGAGGUCGCACGGUUUGUCCUUAGGAGCUGUUCCAGGCUGCGGCUUCGUGGAUUAAGAAUUGAUCAGCACUGGAGGAUCCCCGUUAGGCUUGUGAUACUGCCCCGAGUGUGCUGCCAGCUUUCCAGUGACAGUCAGCGCCGUACGCUGUGUAUGACCGCGGCCCCAAGCAGGUUGUGCUGGAAAUGCCAAAAGACUGUGUCCGGGGCACAGCUGUUCUGUUCCUUCUGCCACUCGCUGCAGCCACCGGAUGAAAACAGGGACUAUUUUCAAAUAUUAGAUUGUGAUAAAUCCUUUACCAUUGAUAUUCUGGAUCUGCAGUUAAAAUAUCGGAAUCUUCAGAGGUUACUUCAUCCUGAUUAUUUUAGCCAAAAGUCCCAGAGUGAACAAGAAAUAUCCGAAAAUCAGUCUUCUUUAGUUAACAAAGCCUACAAUACACUUCUAUCACCUUUGAGCCGUGGGAUAUAUUUGCUGAGUCUGAAUGGCAUUACCUUUAAGGAUGGAGCUGAAAGUGGUGAUGUGGACACUGAAUUCCUUUUUGAAAUAUUGGAAAUCAAUGAAGAUCUGAAUGAAGUAAGCACAGACUCUGAAAUCGAAGAAAUUGGAAAAGAUGUGCAAGACAAACUUGAUAUAUUGACAGAAGACGUAAGAAAUGCCUUUCAUGAAGGUGAUUUUCAAGAAGCAAAAUUUCUGUUAGAAAAAAUGAAAUACUAUUCAAAUAUACUAGACCAAGUUAAGAAGAAAAUAUUACCUUAAUCACCAUGCUGCUUUAAAACUGCACCUGAUGCAAGUUGGCCUUUGCACUAUCAGAUGGAAAUUUUACUAGCUUGUAAAUUCAACAAGUUGCAAAAUCCCAUGUUUCUGGUCACUUAUUCAGCUUAUCCUCCAAAUUCCUAUUUUCAAAUGGUUGUGUAUAAUUUGUGUCCAUUAAGAAAAACAAGAAAAUACAUUAUAUGCAAAACAUUUGACAAAUUUAUGUAAUGGUGGAAAAUUGAAAUCUGGUUGCCCAGCUUUAAAUGGUGUCUACUGAAUAGCCACAACAGCUAUAGCAAUCAUUUUUAGUUCUUAUGUUUUCCAAUUGCAGAGGGCCACAUGUGGACCAUAGGUUGCCAGUUGGUUAUACUUGCUAUAAAUAAUGUUUUACAUACAGGGCAGGAAAUAGUUACUAGUCUCAGAGUAGUUAGACAUUGCGGUGGAUUAGUACAAAACUUUUUUUCCUACAGUUAAUAUUUAGUUGAGUAGUAACUUUAUAUAUAGUUUUUAUAGAUCAAAUUUGUAAAACAAACGUAAGGUGUUAUACAAUUUUAUAGUAGUGUGAAUUGUAAUCAAGUGGAGACAUGUUAGUGAAACUGGGCCAGUAUAAUGAGUACUAAUCUGUAAUGUAUUCUUUUUCUGACUAGUUAAGAAAUAAGCAGCUAAUAGAAGAAAACUUAGAAAUCUGUAAUGAGCAGAUAAUGUAUUAAGAGCAUUGAUUACCAAAAAUGGUGGUACAAAUUUCCCCAUGCAAUAAUUUCUUUUGUACCUUAAAAUAUUAGAUACCACAUUUAGUUAAGUGGAUCUCGGUCUCAUAUGUAGUGCUUGUAAGCAGAAUAUUGUAACCACAUAUAAUAAGCUAGUGUGUAGUGCUUCAUAAGUCUGUAUUAUCAUAGAUAUCCAAGGAAAAUAAAAACAUUAUAUUAGUUAUUUUACGCAAACAAGCAAAAAAUUAAACUAAAUUUAAUCAAGCUUUCCUGGUGCCAAAUACAGCCAAUUUCAAGUCCUGGCACAUCAAUUAUAAACUAGAUGUGUACAUGAUAUCUUUAUAUCAGUGGAGUACUUUCUGUUAAUGAAGCAAAUACAAUGUGACAACACUCUCUUAUAGGUAAUGUACUAGUUUUUAAACCCUCAUCAGAAUGAGGGGAGGUAAUAGCCCUUGAGUGAGGGAAAUACUUCAACUGUGUAGCCUUCCAGUGCCUCUUUCUGCAAGUUGUAAUAAUUUUUGUGUACCUCAUUCUAAAUGUUUAACUUCAUAUAUGCUUGGUUACAUAUUUUACAAUAAAUUACUACAAUUUAUAUAGAGCUUGACUAAUUGGACUUUUCACUAUAUUCAACAUGUUUAAAUCCCUAAAGUGUACCUGUAUGUAUCUAACUAAAUACAUAAGCAGGGGUGGAAAAUAUCACUGUAGUUUGUCAGUGAAGAAAAGUUGCUAGUCUACUCAAUGUUAGACAGGCAAAAUGCCUUUUUCCAGCCCUGUGUGUGUUUUUAUUUUUAUCUGUACAAACAAAAUGUGCUACACUGAAUGGUUCCAGAUAAGUGCUGGAGAUUUUACACAGCUGCUGCAAGAGUAGGUAAUGGCAAUUCAAGAGAACUGUGAAAGGUGAUAAUGAAAACUAAUAGAUUUUGUCUACAAAUGAUAGAUUAAAAAAAAUAAAAUAUAUAUAUAUAUAUAUAUAUAUAUAUAUAUAUAUAUAUAUCAUUUUUAAGUAGAGCUGCCUGCUGUUGCAGACUUGAUUGUUCCUUCAAACAAUAUUUUUACAUGUUAUAUAUUGUAAUAUUAAUAAAAUAACUCUAAAAAUA